AUGUUUGCUCAUAGGAAUUUCAACGCUGACAUGAAGACCAUGGGUGGUGUUAGCCGUUAUCCUGUUGGCUACAAGCCGGAUAGGCGUCAAGCAUAUCCUCAAGCUAGAACUUACUGGAGACCAGCGAUGCAGGUUAAAAAUCAGACCGAAGCUACGGCUCCCCAGUGCCAGGGAAAUGGCUAUAUCCAAGAAAAUCAACAUCACCAUACGUAUGUUGGUCAGCAGGCCUAUGGCCAACCUGGAGCUGCCAAUAAUCUUAAUAGUGUUAAUGGAGGCAUUUUGGCCCAUCCGUUCAACAAAAUGUCGCUUCAGAAUCAACCAAAUGCUUCCAAGCCCUUUCCGGUCAAAGGUGGGAUGCCUAUGCCAAAUGUUGAUAUGCCUAGUAUCCAGCAUUAUGGACAGUACAUGAUGGCUCCCAACGGACCCAUGUUCGGUGGCUUUCCUCCAGCACCGCAAUUUGGACAGUUCCCGAUGCGUGCUACUGAUCAAGGUAGCUCUCUCCAAUGUAUUCCUCCCAAUUUUUACCCUGGUUUUCCCACAAAUCCUCCCUUUACUCCGGACUGUGUUUCUGGAUACCCCUGGCCAUAUUAUCCAAAUGGUGAUUUUCCAAACCACGGGAAUGUUACCCUUGAUCCACGGGCCUCAGUUGACGAAAUGAAUACAGGCAGUCCUAAUAUGGGUCUAUCUGGACCACCACAGGAUUACUACCCUGGUGCUGCUCCAGUUGAUCGCUCUUCCGCUCCAGGUUAUAUGUACAACAAUCACCCGCCUCAGUCACUUCUUCCGUACCAGAUGAUGAAGACUGGCUCUGGUUAUGUCCUUCAGGACCUUGAUGCCCUGGUCAAACAGGAACCUCCAAUCCCACGUGCUGUUCCUGCUAUGUGGACUAACCCUUCAGAUUUGACUCUGGCAAAGUGCCUUGAGAACCGUGAAGGCAUCACUAACGUCUACAUUCGUGGAUUCCUCCCAGAGACCACGGAUGAAAUGUUGCAUAACUAUGCCUCGCGUUUUGGCAAGAUUGACAGAUGCAAGGCCAUCAUUGAUUUGGAGACCGGAUUGUGCAAAGGGUUUGGCUUUGUUCAAUUCUUCAGCUUCGACGCUUGCGAGAACUGCAUCCGAGGAUUUUUCCACCUUGGAUACCAGGCUAGCUUUGCACAGAAAUCUCGCAACUCUCGUCUUAAGGAUCUGGAAGACAAGAAUUCCACAAACGUCUAUUGCACUAAUGUACCCAUUGACUGGGCGGAGGCCGACCUUCGUCGUCACUUUGAACCGUACCAAGUCGUAUCUGAAAAAAUAAGUCGAGAUGAAAAGACUGGAGUUAGUAAGGAAGUUGGCUUUGCUAGAUUUGAGACCCGUGAAAUUGCUGAAAAGGUCGUACAGCAAUUCCACAAUAUUGUUGGAAAAAAUGGAGUGAAGCUGCUCCUCCGCUUUGCCGAUACCAAAGCUCAAAAACAACUCAAACAUCAAAGCAACGAGCGUCGAGCCUACCGUGCCGGGGAGUAUAAUUACUCGGUUGAGCUAGUUAACAGUGCUACUCCAUCCCCAAGUCUCCAUCGUCUACAGCAAGCAGCUUCUCAUUUUAGCCCAACUUCUCAAAACAGCUACCCUUCUCCAAUUGGGGGAGUAGGACAGGUUUGGACUCCUGCAACAUCUAUUUCUCCACCAAGCGGCCCUAUGAUGAACAAAUCUAUGAACGGAAUCCGGGCCGGUUCAUGGGCAUCUCGACGAGCUCCGCCCAAUGCUGAAACAACUCCAAGCGCUCGUGGAAGAUUUACAGUCCAUAGAAGCCCUCUGGCAGACGAUCUCUCUAGCUCAUCAUCGACUACCGUCCUGCCACUUCCACGUAUGACUGGAAGUAAAUCUGAGAACUCCAGCCCCAUGAAAUUGAGGGCCAUGAAGACAAACACUAUGUCCCCAAUUCCCUCUAGGAAGGAUAUUAUUGUUUCAACCCCACGCUCAUCCUGCUAA